AUGUCGGCAGAAAUACUUCGUAGAAACCCUCAGGACGACUUUGAGUUGAUUCAGAGGGUUGGAAGUGGUACAUAUGGCGAUGUUUAUAAGGCUAAAGACCUAAGCAGUGGAGAACUAGCUGCUAUUAAAGUCAUCAAAUUAGAGCCAGGUGAUGAUUUCGCUGUCAUUCAACAAGAGAUUAUUAUGAUGAAAGAUUGUAAAAAUGAGAACAUUGUAGCUUACUAUGGUAGUUAUUUAAGGAGAGAUAAACUAUGGAUAGCUAUGGAAUAUUGUGGUGGAGGGUCUAUGCAAGAUAUUUAUCAUAUAACUGGACCAUUACAAGAACCACAGAUUGCCUUUCUGUGUCGGGAAACAUUGAAAGGUUUAUUAUAUCUACAUAGAAAGGGAAAGAUGCAUAGAGAUAUUAAGGGUGCUAAUAUAUUAUUAACAGAUGAAGGAGAUGUUAAAUUAGCUGAUUUUGGUGUAUCUGCUCAAAUAACAGCUACAAUGUGUAAAAGAAAAUCUUUUAUUGGUACUCCAUAUUGGAUGGCGCCAGAAGUAGCAGCAGUAGAAAGAAAGGGAGGUUAUAAUCAACAAUGUGAUAUUUGGGCUGUGGGUAUUACAGCUAUAGAAUUCGCUGAGUUACAACCUCCGAUGUUUGAUCUCCAUCCUAUGAGAGCAUUAUUUUUAAUGUCCAAAAGUGGUUUUAAACCUCCACAGCUCAAAGAUAAAAAUAAAUGGUCACCCAUGUUACAGCAUUUUGUAAAGGUUGCCUUAACGAAAAACCCAAAGAAAAGACCGUCAGCAGAUAAAUUAUUAGAGCACCCGUUUUUACAAGCUGAAUUAUCACGAAGAUUAACAAAAGAUUUAUUAGAGAAAUCGCGGAACCCAACACAACAAUAUGAAAUAUUGGAAGCAGAUGAUGAGGGCCAACUUCAAGAUGUACCUCGUAGAAUACCAUCAGGUAAAUCAGCACGCCAGUCACAAGCUACCAAUAGUAUAGAAUUAACAGUCAUAUCCCUUUUAGAGUCUGUAGAUGAAGAAUUAUUACAAAGGUCAACGUUACAAGUUAUCCCCCCUCCAACACCACCCAAGCCCACAAGUUUUUCGUCGCCAUUAGAUGGUAAGGAGAAACACGAGACAGAGACGAACCGUAUGUUAACCUUGACUCCAAACUCAACGCUACCCACACAUUUCCCUGAAGAUGACGAACCUCCCGAGUUACCACCAAAACGGCAACAUCAAAAUGGCAGCGUUAAGCCAGAAUUAAAUGGUGGAAGUCCACAGAAGGAAGAACCACCAGAAUUACCUCCACGAAGAAGAGUCAAAAAAGAUACAUCUGUGCCGAGACCUGUUAGUAAUGGGCUUCCACCAACACCUAAAGUACAUAUGGGGGCAUGUUUUUCAAAAGUAUUCAAUGGUUGUCCAAUACAUAUAAACUGUACAGCAAGUUGGGUUCAUCCUGAUACUCGAGAUCAGAGAAUAUUAAUUGGUGCUAAUGAAGGAUUAUAUACACUCAAUUUAAAUGAAAUACAUGAAUCUUCUAUAGAAUUGUUACAUGCUAGAAGAUGUACAUGGUUAUAUGUGAUAAAGGAUGUUUUAAUGUCCAUUUCGGGUAAGUUCUUACCAUCAUUUUACAAGAAAUUACAAUUAACGACUAAAGUACCUGAUACUAGAGGUUGUAUGAAAUGUUGUGUUGGAAGGAAUCCCUAUAAUGGCUAUAGAUAUUUAUGUGGGUCUCUACCAACUGGUAUUAUACUCAUGCAAUGGUAUGAACCACUCAAUAAAUUCAUGUUAUUAAAGACAUUUGAUAUAGACUGUAUUCCACUACAAUUAGAUGUAUUUGAAAUGUUUAUUAGUCCUGAAUUAGAAUAUCCCAUGGUGUGUUUGGGAGUCAGAAAAGGCACUGAUAGAAAUCAUGUGAAGUUUGAUAUUAUUAAUUUAAAUUCCACUUCAAGUUGGUUUACAGAUAUAGAAUCAUUUUCAGGUGAGAAGUUACCUGUUGUUAAUGUUACUCAGGUAGAAAAAGAUACUGUUGUUAUUUGUUAUGAUAAAUAUGUAAAAGUUGUAAAUAUGGGUGGUAAAAUGAAAUCAAGCAAAAGACAACAAGCUGAAUUACACGUUGAUUUUCCUGUUGAAUCUUUAGUUUGUUUACAAGAUAGUGUCUUAGCCUUUCAUAAACAUGGUAUGCAAGGUCGGAGUUUUAAAGCCAAUGAGGUAACUCAAGAAAUUUGUGAUAAAUCGAGAAUAUUUCGAUUAUUAGGCUCAGAUAGGGUAAUAGUUUUGGAAUCUCGACCAACAAAUGACCCAUCUUCAAAUUCUAAUUUAUACGUGCUAGCUGGACACGAGAAUACUUAUUAG